CCCCACCCCACAGGAAAUGUACACGGCAAGCUACAACCUUGAACAGUACCUUUGUAAUUUUGUUCAGUAAUCAAAAUCAAAACGGCGUCGUAGCAAGUAAAAAGAAAAAAAGAAACACAAAUUACCAGCAGACAGCAGUGGUUUGUUUCUGGCUUUCAGCUUGCUACCUUACACUCGUCAUUUUCCCGCGCACUUGCGAGUUUGCGACUGCGCAGCACAAACUUUCACAUUUUCUCUCUCCUCCUUUCACCUCCAUGGCCCCCAAAUCCGACAGCGCCGAAGGUAUUGUACUCAACUUCGUCAAUGAGCAAAAUAGGCCAUUAAAUACUCAGAAUGUUGCUGAUGCAUUACAAAAGUACAAUCUCAAGAAGACUGCAGUACAGAAAGCUCUGGAUUCGCUUGCUGAUAACGGAAAGAUUGCAUUCAAAGAGUAUGGAAAACAGAAGAUCUAUAUUGCACGUCAAGACCAGUUUGAAAUUCCAAACAGCGAAGAGCUUAAUCAGAUGAAGGAAGAGAAUGCCAAGCUACAGGAACAGAUAAAUGAACAAAAGAGAGGAGUGAGCGAGCUUGAGGGAGAAAUCAGGACCUUGCAGUCAAAUCUUACACUAGAAGAUAUGAGAGCAAAACUGGGAAAACUAAAAGUAGAGAUUGAUGAAAUGGAGAAUAAGUUGGCUAAAUUGCGCGGAGGAGUCACCCUUGUGAAACCCGAGGAGAGGAAGGCUAUCGAAGAUUUGUAUAUAAAUGCAAUAAGUCACUGGAGAAAGCGCAAGAGGAUGUUCAAAGAUAUAUGGGAUACCAUAACUGAGAAUUUACCGAAGGACCUGAAAGAAUUUAAGGAGGAACUUGGUCUUGAAUAUGAUGAAGAUUGUGAUCUAAAUUUGCAAUCAUUUUGUGAUUUGAUGCCACAAAGUAAAAAACGAGGUAGAGGUCAGUAAAAUUCAUGCAGUACUCGAUAAUGGUGUUGCUUAUAAAUUUUGCAGUAUAUAUCUGUAUUUGACGAGUAUUUCGCUAGCAUAGAGUGUGUACACGUACAUUGGAUGAACUAUACUCUCUCAUCUGUAUAUGCAAUUAUGAGUAAUGUUUACGGCAAAUGUGCAUGAUAUCAUAUAGAGUCCUGUUUAAGAAAA